UUUUACUCUCUUUGAUUGACCAUAUACUAUUCUUCUUUACGUUGCAAAAACUUAUUCUCUAAACAAAUAUUUUCUAGUUUAAAUGGUGAUCAAAUCCCUCCAUCUACAAGUUCAAGAGAUUAGACAAUCUUUCUUUGACGAGGGGUACCUCAAUUGUCAGUAUACUCAGCUUGAGGCAUUGGCAAAAGACACAAACUCUAAUUUUAUUAUAGAAGUAAUAACUCUUUAUUUCAGAGAUUCCCCUAAUGUCAUUGCAGCUUUGGAACAUGAAUUGGAGCGAGAGCCAAUAGAAGUACCCAUGAUUACCAAAUGCAUUCUUCGGUUAGAAAGCAGCAGCGCCAGCAUCGGCGCUAUUAAAGUUUAUAAGGAACUUAAGAAGGCAUAUAAAUUUAUCCAAGAUGGCAACAUAGAAGGAAUUAAAUCAGCACUACGUGAUAUUAAGAAAGAACACAGUGAACUCCGCACAAAGUUUGAGACUUACUUCCAGUUGAUGAGACAAGCUGGUCCAACAGAUGUAGCUGUGAAUUCAAGCUGAAUUAAAGUACGUAGUUCGUACAACAAAUAUUUCAACCAGGCUAAACCCAACCAUUUCUCAAUAUCAGUUGAUGCUUGUAAUAAUUUGGAACAUUUUAUGUGUUAUAUCGUGCUAUAAGAUAUAGUGUUUAUUUGAUUUUUCUGGAAGGAAAACAAGACAUACUAAUGCUAA